CGUUGCCAUGGAUAUGGCAGGGACUUGAUAUUUGUCGUGCAAAUUAGGCGCCUUAUGACGACACUGAGGGGAGGUCUCGAAUCGCACAGUAAAAUAACCGACAGACGUAGUGGAUGCAGGACGGCAUCAUGGGAAAUGGCAAAAGCAGGUUUAACGCAAACAGUUUAAAUGGUUGACAUAGACGGUCCAGAAAACGUCAAAAUAGCUAAAUAUUAACAAAUCAGAGUGCCAGAGAUCACCCUUGCUGUCCAAAUGUUUGCUAAAAACAAAUAAAAGCCAUUUUGGAUCUAAAUCACCAAACUAAAGUAGCUAAAAAGAUGCAGUUCUGUAAAACUGAUGCAUUUGCUGUACGAUAUUUUAAUGUAUCCCGUAUUUCUCUUCUGAUAACAGCAUAUUUAAUGAAACAUCUGUUGAAGCUCCUUUCCUGAGACGAGAGCGUUUCCGGAGAUUCUAUAGAAAUCCAGUAAUGAGUUUCCUCAUUACCACUGCUGAGGCGCUGCGGGACGGAGGGAGUUGAGUCAUCACUUAUUAUUCGUCUUUGUCGACAGGUUUCUCUAAACCGCGCGUUCACUUAACACACAACAAGUUUAGUCAUGAAGGAUUCAUCACUUCCAGUUCAAUUAGGGCUCCUCUACCUCACGCUGCUCAUCACCGUAACACCUGCCGUCCUCCACCUCCACGAGUAAACCUGAGCAGACACAAGCAGACUUCUGUUUGCUUUUACUGCUUUGUGUUUCAGCUCCAUGGAAAAGAAAGGUAUCAGUUUAACACUUCAAAUACGUCCAGUAAUGGUUUGUUGCAGGACUCCUCCAACAGCUCACCGUUAGAAAACAAACAAAACGGUCGGUGUGUUUAGAUUUAACAAGCAGAGGCAGGAAAAGUCUGACUUUUAAUCCUCGUUUCUCUGCUAACACCUCAGCCUACGCUGGCAUCUGCCUCCAUCUCAGCAGCAGCUCGUUCCAGCCAAGCAGGAACCACUAAAACCACAGAGACAGCCAGAUUCCGAACAUGGUGGGAGCAGCGCUCGCCUACUCUUUCUUUCUCUCAGCUCAGUCUCUUCUUCUCUUCUUUCAGUCCUUUUUACAUUGCUGCUUUCUGGAUGCUUCCGUGUUUCUUCUCCUCAUCCCAAGAAUCAAAGCUAUAAUAACAAAAGCAUUUAGUUUAAUGUUUGCAGCAGUUAUCCUUCUGCGUUUUACUCGCUGUUACAAACUAUUUCUGCUUUUUUUAAGCUUUUGGCCAAACAUCAAAGUCAUGAUAUGAUUAAAUAUAAUGAACUGUUCUGGGUCGGGCCUGAGAACAGAAACUCAGAGCUACAUUAGCUUUCGUCAAAACAAAGUCCCUAAAUCUGCUUCAAUCCCCAAUACAACAGCUUAAUGUGGGCUGAUGACAUUUUCCUCUUUUUGUUGGAAUCUUCUGGUAAAAGUUGAUGAAAAACUUCAGAAUUUUCCUCAGAAAGAGAAUGUUGGUGGAUUAAUGCCUAACCAGUUAAUGAGGAACAGUGUUUAUGCAAGCAUCGUUAAACUGUGCAACUGCUGCAUUUUUCUGUUCAGUUUGUGAUGAUUUCAUGUUUGUUUUCAUAAAUUUUAGUUGGGCUUAGGGCUAGAUCUUUAGAUCUAAAGCAGCAAGUCAAUCAAAACAUCAAGUGUUGGACAACGGUGUUCUCCAGAGUCUGCGUUUGUUGACCCUUACCAUCCUGUUACUGGUUCCCAAUGAUUUAGAAGUUGGGUCAUUUUUCUGCAUUAAUCUCAAAUAGUCAAAUAGUCAACCCAAAGGAACAUCAGCCCUCAUUCCAGCUGUGCUCAUUUAAAGUCAGCAAAGCAGAUUUAGUCUUCGGGGAUUUUCAGGUAUAUGAAUCUUCAUUUACGUGAAAGUAAAACAUACAUUAGGUGAGUCAUGUGCUGACUGCAGUACCUGAAGUGUUUCAGCUGCACCUGCAGUAAAAAUAACUGACUGUUCCUGUUAGAAAAACAUUAACAAACCAGGAAGGAGCUACGCUUUUAUGGUACAGAGGAGCUCUGAUGGUGUUCUGGAGAAGUCAUGGAAAAGUCGUGAAAUGUUUCAGCGCUGUAGAGCCGCAGUGGGAAACCUUCUGAAGCUACGCCUGGUAUUUUUGGGUUGUCUUGACUUUCAGCUCUUUAUUUCCUCCCCGUCUGAGGCGAGAGGGGAGAGCAGCUGGUGUUGAGUUGGUCCUCUGGUGAGAGAUUAGUGAGUGCUUUCCCCCUGCAGCCUGGGCCGCACUGCAGCUCCAAUCCAUCCUGCUUUAUAAAUUCACCACGGACAGUUUUGGCAAGUGAAGGAGGAGUGUGUGUCAGACGAGGAAGAGGAGGUAAAGGAUGCUCUAGUGGAGGAGAUCCUCCAGCAGGGAGACACAGCCAUCAUUUAUCCUGAAGCACCUGAGGAUGAACAGAGUCCUGCAGAGACCGGAGACGCUGAUGAAAACGGAACACCCGACCCCUUCUCCCAGUUGCACACUUGCCCGUACUGCUCUCGGGGCUACAAACGCAACGCCUCGCUGAAGGAGCACAUUAAGUAUCGCCACGAGACCAGCGAGGACAACUACAGCUGCUCCCAUUGCAGCUACACCUUCACCUACCGCUCGCAGCUGGAGAGGCACAUGAGCCACCACCGAGGCAACAGGGAGCAGCGUCACGUUUCCCAGUCAACAGGAGGAUCAGGAGGAACAGGUGGAACCCGCAAGUUCAAGUGUAACGAGUGUUCCAAGGCCUUCAAAUACAAACAUCAUCUAAAGGAGCACCUGCGCAUUCACAGUGGUGAGAAACCAUACGAAUGUUCCAACUGCAAGAAGCGGUUCUCCCACUCAGGUUCCUACAGCUCCCACAUCAGUAGCAAGAAGUGUGUUGGUGCCAUCCCCCCCAACGGUGUGUCGGUAGCGGUGGUUAAAUCUUCAUCCCCGACCACACAGACUAAACCUGUCGCAAUAGCUCCAGCCCGCACCACUAUCAAGGAAAAGACUGAAAGUAAACCCCUCCAGGAGCAGCUGCCCAUCACCCAGAUCAAAUCAGAACCUGUGGAAUACGAGUGUAAGCCUGUCAUGGCGGCACCAGCAACUUCAGCUGGUAGCAAAGUAGUCGUGAACGGAGGGAUGGCGCAGCCGGCUGCGGCCCCCGCUGCCCCCCUGCCUCAGGGCGUUGCUAUGGUUGUACCAACAGUCGGUCUGAUGUCGCCUGUCAGCAUCAAUCUAAACGACUUGCAGAAUGUGCUGAAGGUGGCGAUGGAUGGAAACGUGCUGAGGCAGGUGCUGGGCUCAGCCAACGGGGUGGCGACUCAGGGGAAGCAGGGCAUCGUUGUCCAGCAACCGCAGCAGCAGAUCAUCAGCCUGCCCGCCUUUGUGGACCACGACGGUACCACCAAGAUCAUCAUCAACUACAGCAUCAGCCCCACGGCCGGCACUGCUGCUACUACCCUGCCGACACCGCUCAUUAUUAAAAACAACUCGCCACCCGCCCUCGCAGUCACGACAGCAGCCGCCGCUCCCCCCACUCCAACCAAAACAGAUCAGUCCCCAACCCCAGAGGCCACCGACCUCUCUGUCCGGAAAGAACCAGAACACGUCAAAGACGAGGGGACAGAGGACCCUGAGGACGCAUCAGCGCCUGCUGAAACAGAAGAAGUGGCUCAGAUCUCAAAGGCCAGCAGCUCCAGUAUGUGUUUAUUAUGCGACGACUGCCCCGAUAAUCUGGAGGCGCUGCAUCUCCAGCAUCACAAAGCAGCCAACGGCGAGGCCGCGGACUCUGCUGCUUUAGACCCAUCAUUCGCUGAUCUACUUAGCGAGGCGGGGGUGACGCUGGAGGAGCCGCCUGUAGACGACCUCAUCUCUCUCCUCAAAACCUACUUUGCCUCCAACGCCAACCCCAGCGAGGAGGAGCUGACCAAGAUCUCCAACUCUGUCAGUAUUCCAGUGGAGGUGGUGACAAAGUGGUUUACUAAGAUGAACUCUGGGGAAAAGGUGGAAGAAAGCCACAGUGAAGCUACGGAUGCUUCUGAAAAGACCGAAACCACAAAUUCCAGCUUGGAGAACCCUCUGAUUCACGCUGAAGAAGAAGAAGACGACACCACGCAGGAAGAAUUUAUCCAAGCUGUGCCAGGCAGCGCUUCCCCCACAGACUCCACAUCGCUCAGUCUCAGCGAGGAUCUUGUUAUCGUUAAAAGUGAGCCAGAGGACCCGGAGGCCAUAGACUCUCAGGCAGAACCCCUGGACCUCUCUCUUCCCAAACAGAACCCUUCACCAUCAGAAAGGAAAACCACUCCCCCUCCAGCAAAGCAGCAGGACCAGCCUCUGAACCUGACGUGCUUAAGGAAGGAGCAGGUGGACGGGAGAACCAUCUACGUCACGGCGCCUCAGACAGGGAACCCCGUCAACAUUGUCACCGCCGCACAGCUCCCCACCUUGGUAGCCAUCGCUGGUCAGGGAACAGUGGGCUGCCUCAGUGCCAUCAACGCCACAACAAAGCGCACCAUCCUCAUCCCCCAACUCACCUACACCUAUGCCACUACAGCCGGCAACAGCACCGGGGCCAAGACCGUUGUACUCAACGGCCACAAGGAAAAACGUUCAGAGAGCAAUGCUGAUGCCGUUUCCACUGCAGAGGAGCAGGAAGCCAAGAAGAGGCGGCUGGAAAACGGAGUCUAUCCCUGUGAUCUGUGCUCCAAGGUUUUCCAGAAGGGCAGCUCGCUGCUCAGACACAAAUAUGAACACACAGGAAAACGGCCUCAUGAAUGCAGCAUCUGCAAAAAGGCUUUCAAACACAAACACCACCUGAUCGAACACUCGAGGCUUCACUCCGGGGAGAAACCUUACCAGUGUGACAAGUGUGGGAAGCGGUUUUCCCACUCGGGCUCUUACUCCCAGCACAUGAACCACCGCUACUCCUACUGCAAAAAGGAGGGCUCGAACCUGAGCUCCCCUUUGGGAUCACGUAGGGUCCAGUUAGAACUCGGCAGCCCCGGUGCCGGACUCCAAUCGGACAGCCGGACCACCACCCCGCCUUCUCCGAUGGACUCAGACGAGAGAGAGAGCGAGGAAGAGAUGGAUGAGGAUGAUGAGGCCAUUUGCAUGGAUGACAUCCGAGUGGUGCAGGUGGACGAUGGGGAGUGUGAGAUUUAUGAAGGAAACUUUGAUGAUGACGAUGAUGAUGAUGAUGACGAUGAUGAAGAGGAGGGGGAGGUUUUGGCAGAAGAGGAGGCAAUGGCGGAUGAAGGAACUCAGCACGUCAGGUCGCAGGAGGAAUUUGCUUGUGACGUGGUCGAAGUGGAGUUGGGGAAUAAUCAAGCGGAAGAGAAGAAGGAAUCAGCAGGUGAAGCGGAGAGAGCAGCAGACUGUGAAGAAGACACGGACAGCAUCAGGGAGGGCUGUGAUGGUGCUCGGCCACCAGAGGAGGUGGUGUCAAACAAAUGAAGGAAAGAACUCUUCAGAAUCUUCGGCCAUCAACGCUGUUUUCAGACAAAAGAGGCAAGUCUCAGAAGAUGCCUAAACUAAACGGUCCACUACUGUGUACAAAAACCCAGGUGUGCCUGAACUUAGACAAAAAACACAAGACAGUGACUUUUAUUUGUGAAAAAUGAAAUAUCGGUGUUUAAAACUGUUUAUAGAAGUACAGAUUUUGAAGUAGUACCAACCCAUCGACUUGUUAGACUUGUUACUGAGACCUUGGGUCGUUUUGUUUCUUUCCACUCAGCCAGUCAGUGUUACUAACCUUGUUCUUGUUUGAAAACAUUUUAACCUGUAAAGAGAAAGAUUUCUAUACCUUUUUAUUGCCAAUGAAGUUUCCUAAGAAUCAGUAUUUUAUUGAGUUCUACGAACAAAAACCUCUGCACUACAGUAUUCCUAGUUUACCUACGGAUACAUGCCUCAUGCAUCGUAAACCCUUCAGUGUUAUAUGUGUACACUAGCUAGCGAUAUGUUGUUCGUGUUAGCAUUAGUCUCUGCUAGCUAGCAUCACGUUUUUGUUUUCAGUUCGACUGUUAGCCUUAAGAGAAACAAAGUAUUCCUGGGGCGGGUUGUGGGCGGGACGGGGAGUCCCGGGUGAGAAGGCGACUUCUUUAUGCCAUAACCAAAUUAGUCCAGUCAGGGAAGAAAAAGAUCGCAACCUCAAAGCCAGCAUCAAGCGCUUUUGUUUUGCUACCCAGCACAGCCUGGACGGCUGGAGUCUCCAGAGCAGAUUCUGUCCUCCAGGCUGGGCUUCAGGUCCGAAACACACACACACACACACACACACACACACACACACACACACACACACACACACACACACACACACACACACACACGUGCUGAGUCCUACCAAGCUUCUUCUUUUGAUGUUGUCCCAGUGUUUCCAGCUUAUAAACGAAGUCAUGUGUCUGUGAAGGAUCAGGGCUGUUUCCUGCUCCACCCCGAUGCCUCCAGCCUUAUGCAAGACCUGUGUGCUGUUAAAGUGCCAUUGAACAGUAUUAUUUCUUCUUCUUCACACAUGUAGCCAGUAUUACUAACACAGGACCAUGUUGAUUCAUGUUUGUUCACUUGCACAGAACAGCAAACUUGUCACAACUCAAGGGUCUUUUUUUUUAAUGAACCAACAAAGUUGGGAAACUGCUAAAGAUUUGUCUGUAGAACGUUUCUCUACUAAUGACAAGACUUUUUCAUCUUCCAGUGUGUUUGUUUUAUCUCGCGAAACUCAAGAUUAUAUUUAUUUAAUAACUCAAAUGUGAUAAAAACCUGCAGAUGAUCCAAAAAGGGUUUGAAUCAUUAAGAACAGACGCAGCAGCAGUGUGCUGCCUUACCUUUUCCUUGGAGGCUUACGGAAGAACCUCUAGAGAAGCUCUGACUUUCUGCUUUUCAAACAGGAAAACUAUUGUGUGAGCUCAUCUUUUGACUCAUUUCUGCCUCCUUUCGUCAUCUCUUACUUCCUGCUACUAGAAAGUACUUGUUUUGAGGGAGAAAGGACCGAUGUGGGGUUGUAAUCCAAAUUUUGCUCACGUCUGUGUGAGUUUUAGCAUUUGUGACGUCUAAAAAUGGCCAAAACUUGAGAGAAAAACAUCUUUUGAUCUAAACUGUUUCCCAGACUGAGCUUUAGCUGAAUGCACUUUGUGCAUCCAGAGUUUUACUUAAUCAAACUACAAAUACUAUAAAUGUAUCCGUUGUUGCUGAUAAAAAGAAACUGGAUUGUGACAAGCUGUCCCGCACUUCAAGUAACAAAUGUCGGUGAACGUGGUUCCUGAGGAGUUUUUACCCAACAGUGUUCCUAGUAUUUGUUUUUCUUCUGUUCCCGUUUGGGAUUAUAUUAUUUUUCUGUAUGUUUGUUGCCAUUAAUUACAGUAUUAGAGCCCUUUUCACAGAAAAACUAAAACUUAAAAAAAUUCUGGUUUAGUUUUGAGAAGACUUUUUUAUAUUUAUGUGUCUUAUUUUUCUAUUUUCUUUUAUGGUUAUUUAUUACAUAUUGUAGUGUACAUUACUGUAGUAUGAAUUGAUACAAUAAUAUAUUUUAGUAUGAAAAAUACUCUUUAGACAAACAGGGAUCCCAAAAAAUGUGGCUCUGGGAGCUAAAGCUUGUUUUAACAAUAAAAAAAAGAAAGAACUAAAAAGCUGAACUGUGUACUCUGUAAACUUGACUUCUGUUUAAGCUGAGAAAAUUUUAAAAAAGGAAUGAAAUGAGAAACAAACUGUUACACGUGCAUCUGCUCUCUGCGUUGUUACUAAGCUACUGAAUUCUGUGACUUUAAAAGCAUGUCGCUGUUUUUAAUGAAGGAUCUUGUCAUCAAGUCGUUUCUUCUCCCCUUUUUAUUUUGAUGAAGCCAAAUUUGCAUCGUCCCGCCGCUCCGUCUUCUGUUCUGUGCCAACUUUGAACUUUCCGUUGUGCUGUUGAAGGCUGCAUAAUGUUUGUCUAUAUGACCCCUUUGUAAAUCAUUGUCUUUUUGUAUUGUUUGUAUUGUUUUUAUUUAGGUUUGCUCCAUUUUUAUGACUCCCCAUCACAAUAAAAAUGUAAGACAAAG